AUAUCCCUCUAUUGCUUAGAGUUGUGUUUGUGUGGCUGUGAAUGAUUUUCACAAGUUGGGACAAGAACAAAAAUCUUCAGCAGCAUAUGUCACAUUACACCCACGAGGCAAAUACUCGAGCAAAUUGGUGUCCCUUGCAUGGCUGCUCUAGCACCUGCUUCUCUUCCAACUCCAUUCACAAAGAAUAGGAUUCCAGCCACCUCCACCUUAGUUUUGCUUCAAAUGUGCCAAAACUUCCAGGAGAUAAGACAAGUACAUGCCCAAUUGGUUGUUUCGGGACUCCUUCACUGCCCUCCAAACGCAGGGAGGCUCCUGGAGUCCUAUGCGACCUUAUCACACCUUGACUAUGACUUGUCAAUUUUCAAUGCAACGCCUUGCCCUGAUGUGUUCGCCUACAACACCAUCAUCAGAGGCCUCACACUGGGUAAGGAUCCCUAUCAUUCCCUGCUCAUGUAUAAUCAAUUCUUACUAGAUGGUUUAUACCCAGAUAAUUACACCUAUACCUUUGUCCUCAAAGCAUGUUCUCAAUUGAAGGCAAUCUCUGAAGGAAAACAAGUGCACUGCCAGAUACUCAAAGCCGGAACACCACCAGAUACUUACAUUAACAGCUCACUGAUAAGCAUGUACAUGAAUUCAGGUAACUUGAGUUGUGCAGAACAUGUUCUUGCAGAAUUCUCACAAGAGAACACACUCGCUAACAAUUCUAUAAUUUCGGGGUACCUUAGUCAGGGAUUUGUUGAGAGAGCUCGAACAGUUUUCAAUAACAUGGCAGCGAAAGAUGUUGCAUCUUGGAGUGCAAUGAUAACAGGAUAUACAAAGAAUGGUCUUUAUGCAGAAGCCUUGACUAUUUUUCAAGAAAUGAUGGUUUCCCAAGUUUGUCCAAAUGAAUCAACAUUUGUGAGCUCAUUGUCUGCCUGUGCCCACAUGGGAGCUCUAGACCAAGGAAGAUUGAUACAUGCAUAUAUCAAUAAAAUUGGCGCUAAGAUUACCGUUAAGCUGGGUACUGCUCUCAUAGACAUGUAUGCCAAGUGUGGCAGCAUCAAAUGUAGUUAUAAAACCUUUAGAAGAAUGGCUCACAGAGACAUAGUUGCAUGGGGAGCUAUCAUUUCUGGGUUUGCAAUGCAUGGUGAAGCCUGUAAAUGUUUUGAACUGUUUGAUGAGAUGGUUGCCCAAGGGAUUCAACCAAAUGAAGUCAUCUUCGUGGCCAUUUUAUCGGCUUGCCGGCAUGCUGGAUGUGUUGAACUUGGGCAUCGCUACUUCUAUCAAAUGGUGCAUGAUUUUGGGAUCACACCAUCUAUUGAACAUUAUGGAUGCAUGGUCGACCUCCUUGGACGUGCCGGACAUUUGGCAGAGGCAGAAGAAUUCAUCUUGGCAAUGCCAGAAGAACCCAAUUCAAUAAUUUGGGGUGCAAUACUUAGUGCUUGUCGGACUUAUAGUGGCCAGAAGAUAGGGAAUCUCGCAUUCAGGCAUCUAGCAGAGCUUGAACCAAUGUCUGGCGACCGGUAUAAACUUGCGGGGCAAAUGUUCAGUUAUGCAGGGGAGAAGGAAAAUGCAACUAGAAUUAGGAAGUUUAUUAAAGAAAAUGAUUUGGGGACAACCCGUGGUUUGAGCUUCAUCGAAGUUGGUUGUGUUAUCACAGAAUUUGUAUCUGGGAAGGUUGAUCAUAGAAGAGGAAGUGAAAUCCACAGGAUGUUGGAAACCAUUAACAGGCAAUUAGAGAUCGGUAGACAGUGAAAUUUGACGCACACGUCUUGAUGUUGGGAAACAGAAAAAUACCAGCUAUUUGGCCUGUGAGGCCUAGGCAAGAGAAGAAAAAAGAUGUUUGAAAAUUUAGAGCACCUAGAGGAAUCCUCCAUGGUAACAGCAAUUCAGCUUUUGGUAAUCAUUAUGUAUUAGCACAUAUUCUACACCAUCGAAUUAUUCUUCCAUUACUCUUUUACAGUCAACUUAAAAAAUAAAAAAUAAAUACCCAAAUACUAUAUGACACUUGGAACUAUUAAAUUUCA